GUUUCGUGCAACUUUACGCACCUAUAUCUUCCUUUACUGUCUGAAGAUAUCCAGACAGGAGGUGCUGGAAGUCGAUAAUAUUCUUCCUGAAAACCCUCGGGACUACGACAAUCUACAGCCGCCAAAAGAAUACGGCGAGCCUACUGUUGUGCGAUUCCAUGUAUGGGUUUUAAAUUUAGAUUCCAUUGAUGAAGGAUCUAUGACCUACGUGGCAGACAUUUUUAUGUCUCAGAGCUGGAAGGACCAUCGACUAAGACUUCCAGAAAACAUGACUACAUACUAUCGACUUCUACCUGUCAGCUGGUUGAAAAGAAUGUGGAGACCAGACUCUUUCUUCAAGAACGCGAAGAAAGUCACUUUCCAAGAAAUGACCAUCCCCAACCACUACAUUUGGUUAUACAAAGAUAAAACUAUUCUGUAUAUGGUCAAACUCACUCUUCUUUUAUCUUGUGCUAUGGUGUUUGAAACCUAUCCUCACGACACCCAGACUUGUGCUAUGAAGAUUGAAAGUUUGUCCUACACAACCGAUGACCUGGUGUUUGACUGGGAACAGGAAACUCCACUCGUUGUUGAAGAUUCCAUUGAGUUGCCACAACAUAUUCUGAUCGAUAAACGAUUGGAAGACUGCACUCAGGUGUAUUCUACAGGAAACUUUACGUGUAUCCAAGUUAUUUUCAAGUUCCAACGCCGCCUGGGUUAUUACAUGUUUCACACAUACAUCCCAACUUGCUUGGUCGUCAUCAUGUCCUGGAUUUCUUUCUGGAUCAGACCAGAAGCUGUUCCUGCACGUGUGACUCUCUGUGUUACAAGCCUGUUGACGUUGUCUACCCAACAUGCGCAAUCUCAGAAGUCACUUCCACCUGUGUCGUACAUUAAAGCCAUCGACAUAUUUAUGUCGUCAUGCACUGUAUUUGUGUUUGCUUCUCUAAUGGAAUAUGCAUUAGUCAGCAUUUUGUUAGGAGAGUAUGAUGACCAAUUCAAUAAACGAGGACUGGGAAGUAUGAUUUUAGCAGCGAGAGGAGCAGAAGAUGGAAAAGUGCCUAAGGAAAAUUCGCCCAAAAUUCUUGCUUCCUCUGCACAGAGAAGAAAAGAGCGAGCAAAUUUGAUGGACAAAAUAUCACGUGUGGCAUUUCCAUUAUCAUUUGUAUUACUAAAUUCAGUAUACUGGUGCGUUUUUUUAUUCAUGGAUCCAGAUUAGUAUUAUUGGAAGCCCUCGAAAACUCAUAUGAUGUUUUUACGUUCGUGAUUUCAGACUGCUUGCAAAUACGUGGAAAUAAACAAUAUAUAAAAGGGGAAUGUUUUAAGCUUAGAUCUCACGAUCUUACUGUAAACGAAUAUUGCUAAAAAGGCUGCUGCUCUUUGGAAAUUUUUACUUAUAAAUAAAAAGCUAUAAAAUUAAAGUAAAAUCAAUUUUGCGAACUUUUCGUAUUGGAUAGUGACUCACUGAUGGAGCCAUCAAGAAAGUAGCCAAGACAGAUACUAAGAUGUUUAUUGUAGUGUAUCUUUUGUUACCCAAGCGUGUUAAUAUGUUAGAGACAUUCUAGACGAUUUUACUUAAGUCAAAAUAACCGUUUUCCCCGGGGAUUA